UUGGUGAUGUCUACUCUCCAAUGACCUUCAGCACCUGCUGGGGCCUCUGAUGUGAACCAGUAGGCUCUGCUACUCACUAGCUCUGUGACCUUGGGCAAGUUAUUUAACCUGUCUGGGCCUCCGUUUCCUACUCUGUAAAAUUAGAGUAAUGAACAAUCCUUACCUCAGAUUGUCACAGGGUUAAAUGAGAUCUCGCACAUAACACGCUUACUAUGGUCCCUGUGGCACGCUAAAGCACUCAAUGGACAAUGGAUACGUCAUCAAUAAACACUCCACGGGUUUAAUAAGACGCUACACAAUUGUAAAGCCCUGACUGGUACGGUUUUUUUGUAACCUGUCCACACUUUCAACUGACCCACUUUCACCCUCUCUCUAACCGCUCGGGUUCCAACACAGGACACGCGGCAGGCGAGCUGUGCACACGGCGCAGGGCGAGGGGCGGGGUGCUCCGCGCGCGGCCGCGGCACGCGCUGCCCUCCGGCUGCACCCAGCCCCUUCCGGGCCGAGGGGGCGGCUCCUGGGAACCGGUGCCCGGCGGCCCGUGUGCACAGCCCGCUGCGCUCGGCUCGGUGCGCACAGCCCGGAGUGCCGAGCGGAGCGCCGAGUGACUCAGCGCGGGGCGUGCGCAGGCGGCGCCCGGCCGAGGCAGGACUUUUGCACUCGCCCCGGCUCUUCGGCUACAAAAGCAGCCCGCAGCGCAUUCCGCUGUACUACGCCUCCUCCAGGCCCUCGUGAUUCUACGUACAGCUGUCUCCAGACUCCAGCCACCGCUUCAGCUCGCCAUGGAUCCCAACUGCUCCUGCGCCACCGGUGGCUCCUGCACCUGCGCCGGCUCCUGCAAGUGCAAAGACUGCAAAUGCACGUCCUGCAAGAAGAGCUGCUGCUCCUGCUGUCCCGUAGGCUGUGCCAAGUGCGCCCAGGGCUGCGUCUGCAAAGGGGCAUCAGAUAAGUGCAGCUGCUGUGCUUGAUGUGGGAGAGCCCUGCUCCCAGAUGUAAAUAGAGCGACAUGGACAAACCUGGAUUUUUUUUUUUUUUUUUUCUAGUACAAACCUGACCUGUUUGCUACAUUCCUUUUUCUAUGAAAUAUGUGAAUAACAAUAAAAGUUGUUGACUUGAUUCUCA